GUCAAUUAACGCCAUCUGCCGAUGCUAACAAACUUCGUCAUAACUCAGUUUUCACGUUAUCCCGACUACUAUUGACCUCUUAUUUAACGUCCAUUGAAAUAGAUACACCUAAGAGAAGAGAGGGCGCCACCAGUAUCAAAACAAACUCGUUACUCGUUCUAUCGUUACGCUAUCUAAUAAACAAUGGAAGAAAUUUUAAUUGCACUCAGAACCAUCCAAAAAGAACUGGAUGAACAAAAAGCUAUGAUUAAAAAAAGCGGCGAGAAAGUGACAGAACAAGUGACUCAAAACAUAAAUAAAAUACUGGACGAAAAGUUUAAUUCCUGGGAAGAAAAAUUCGAAAAUCUCAAAGCUGAAGUACAAAAUCAAGGAAAAAGACUGUAUUUUUUAGAAAAACAAGCAAGACUAAGGAAUAUUGUCUUCUUUGGGGUGGAAGAAACGGAAAUUUCAUAUUCAAACUUGGAAAGAAAUAUAGCCAGUUUCAUAGAACGUCACUUAUCUAUUAAACUGAAUUCUACAGACAUUCAGGAGGCUAAGAGAAUAGGCAAGAAAGGAGAAAAACCUCGACCAAUUAUUGUGACAUUUGUAACUUUGGGUUUAAAAAUAGAUAUAUACAAAAAUAGAGGAAAACUGAAUGAUACUCCUUACUAUUUAAAAGAGGAUUAUCCACAAAACAUUUUGGAAAAAAGGAAAGAACUACAAAAACAGGUACAGGAAGAGCGAGAGAAGGGCAACACUGCGAUCAUCAAGUAUGAUAAAGUGGUAGUAAUAACUAAGAACAAUAACACAAAAAAUACCAAUAAAAGAAUGCUUUCUGCUUCACCCGAAACCCCCCGUUUUCAUUCCCGCCCUCAAGAUGAGAAAAAGAUUCAAGCAAGCAAGAAGAACAAAACACAAGCUCCGAUACAAAGAUCAUCUAGUCUAUCGGAGGGUGCCUUGAAACCGGGCAUGCUCAACUUCCUUACUACAAAAAAUACUAACAACACACUGAUUAAGCAGAACAAUCAAAACAAGAAUAUAUAGCCACUACCACCCCCCUCCCACAAGAAAAACA